AUGGAGUCAGUGUCGAUUCCUGUGCUAAUUGGUGGACUUGUUGAUUGUGUAGCCCAGUUAAUAAGAAUAGCUGAAGAGCUUUUACAAUUGAUUUCGCAAGAACAACAAGUUCCUUGCGGAGAACAAAAUAAUAGAGAGGAACAGAUAGAUACACAUGCCUCUCCUCCUGAGGAAGCUUCACUACCAGAACUUGCUGAGCUCUCAGAUUUAGAUUCAAUACUUACACCAAGAGAAGAUGAAGACCUAAUCCUUGAUAUAGAUCAAGCUAUGUUAGACAUGGAUGACUUAUGUGAAGACGUACUCUGUGGUUUAAACAAUGACUUAAGAAGUGACUAA